AUGACCGACACUCCUCGUUCUCGUUCAAUAUCCAGGGCAGGCACCCCUGUGCUAGCUCGAUCCUCCCCUUCUCGCUUAUCCAUUCCGCCAGCACUACGGCCCACCCCCUCGCUCUCCAAUUUGCAUAUCCAUAGCCACACUACAGGUGCAUCUUCGUUGCAGUCGAAUCCAGAUACACCCAUGAAAUCAGCAGAUAAUUUCCUGGAUAGUUCCGCGUCUUCGGUCAUAGACAUGGAACCUGCGGAGGGGAUUUUGAUUCAAGAUAUCGACACCGACAUGAACCACACAGAUACAGAAGAUAUUGAAACAAUAGACAAAGCCGCUGUGUCCACUCAAAAUGAUGGAACGAAGCAACUUCUAAGAGAUCAGCUUCGGAAGAGUCUGACGUACAAGGUUGCCCAUGCAGUUUCUGUAUAUCCUCCUAGAGAGUACUUUGUUCUUACUGAUGCUGGCAAGCCGGUGUUCAUAAGCCGACCUGGGGGUGUAGAUCAAGACGCUAUGGCCUCAACAAUAGGUAUCAUGCAAGCUUUGAUCUCUGUUUUCCUCGACGAGAACGAUAAGAUAAGGUCGAUAAAUGCUGGACGGACGCGUAUCACGUUUGUGUUACGGUCCCCGCUGUAUUAUGUGUGUGCUUCUUCAUGGGGCGAGCCCGAAUCCAUUACAAGAUCGCAUCUUGAAUAUCUUCAUCUUCAAAUUCUGAGUAUUGUCACUGCCUCACAGCUCAAACGAAUAUUUGAGCGAAGGACAAAUUUUGACUUGAGGCGGCUUCUAAAUGGCGCAGAACCGUUUAUGAACUCUCUGCUUGUCAGAUUAGAAACCGACAUUGCAAUGACGACGUCGUCUUUGAAUUGUUUAAAGAUGGAACCAGGUCUUCGGAAACGUAUAGCGGAAUCCCUUGUUCCGAGCUCCAAGAUGAAAGACAUGCUAUACAUCAUUAUGAUUGCGAGUAAUCGUGUAGUGACGUUAAUACGUCCCAGAAAGCAUUCGAUACAUCCAGCUGACCUACAUAUCAUCAUGAACACCAUUCAUUCACCGUCUAUAUAUAACUCCCCUGCAUCUGCAUCUUGGAUACCCGUUUGUCUCCCAAAAUUCAAUCCCUCUGGCUUCGUGAAUGCAUACAUCACCUUUCUCCGCAAAGACGAUGCCGUUCACCUUAACGAACCUAUAACAUUCGCUCCAACCCCAGACCCGGAGUCGCCAUCAUCAACAGAAACUAUAUCCAAUAAGUCAGAUCCACAGGAGGGAUUGAACGAGUCUGGGAUCGCGCUUGUAUGUAUCAAUGGAGGCGGGGAAUUGGAACUGAUCAGAAGUUGGUGUGAUUCAGUUGUCAAAAAAUUGACUUCUGAUGGGACGUUGACCGCCCUCCUCAAUGCUUACCAAGCUAAAGAAAUGGACUACUCGGUAUCCCAGCUAGGAAUUCCUGGGCUGCGCCAUUUUGUGUACAAAUCGCGAACACAAGUACAGAUCACGUUGCCCAUUUUUGAGGACCCUUACGACCAGCCAAAUGCCAGGAAGAGGCUUAUCACACUGUAUCAAAACAUACACGAUGCAAUACAUGCAAAAUCGGGACAGGAAGCCGGACUAAAGCUGCAAUAUAUCAGAACGGAAUCGGAGAGCGUGAUGGGUUGGAUUACUCAGCCAUUCGAGCUUUACAUUUCCAUUUCACCUUUGCUACCGAAGAGCGCUGCAGUCGGUGCUGCCAAUGCGGUCGCUCGCUGGGUCAAGAGGGAGGAAGCUCGGUUAUUUUUACGAGACGCGCCUGUGUUUUGA